AGGAAGACAACAAAAUUUGUUACGUAAUAAACUAGAUAAUGAUCCUAUAACAAAAAAAUUGAUAGAAAGAGGAUUUUUAAAAACAAACAUAACAGAAAAGAAGGAAAUAAAAAUUCAAGAAAAACAAAAGGAAGAACAAGAGGAAGUUUUAGAAUAUGAAGAAAUUGAAGUUGAUGAGGAUGAAGAAGUGGAAUAUGUAGAAAUUGAAGUAGAUGAAGAUGAAGAAGUAGAAUAUGAAUUAGUUGAAAUUGAGGUGGAUGAUAAUGAAGAAGUAGAAUAUGAAGUAGUUGAAGUUGAGGUAGAUGAUGAUGAAGAGGUAGAAUAUUCAGAAGAUGAAUUAUAUGAAGAUGAAGAAGAAAAAAUAGAAGAAAAAAAAGAAAGUAAACAACUAAAAAUGGAAUCCAUAGAAAAGAAACCAUUAGAAAUUAAAACAACUCAAAAAUAUCCAUUCGCAACACAUGCACAAAAGAAAAUAGACUCAUUAAAAAAAAAUGAAAUAAAAUCUUAUGAUCUUUUUAAAAAGAAUAUGGUUAAACCAGAAGAUAAUUUAAGAAAAGAAGAAAGAAAACCAUAUGAUCCUUUUAAAAAGGAUAUGAUUAAACCAGAGGUUAAUUUAAGGAAAGACGAAAGUAAACCAUAUGAUCCCUUAAAAAGAGAUGUAACACAAACACGAGAUAAUUUAAGAAGAGACGAAAGUAAACCAUAUGAUCCUUUAAAAAGAGAUGUAACACAAACACGAGAUAAUUUAAGAAAAGACGAAAGAAAACCAUAUGAUCCUUUAAAAAGAGAUGUAACACAAAUGCAAGAUAAUUUAAGAAAAGACGAAAGAAAACCAUAUGAUCCUUUAAAAAGAGAUGUAACACAAAUGCAAGAUAAUUUAAGAAAAGACGAAAGAAAACCAUACGAUCCUUUAAAAAGAGAUGUAACACAAAGGCAAGGUAAUUUAAAAAGUGAAGAAAUAAUAAUACAAGAUACACUUAAAGCAGAUGUUAUAAAAGCACAAGAUAUUUUAAAAAGGCACGAAAAAAUGGUACAAGAUGCAUUUAAAGAAGAUUCUAUAAAACCACAAGAUACUUUAAGACGAGAUAAAAUAAUAAUAGAAGAUUCUUUUAAAAGAGAAGAAAGAAAAUCUCCAAAUACAUUAAAAAGGGAUGAAAUAAUAGUACAAGAUAAUUUGGGGAGAGAUAAAAUAAUAGUACAAGAUCCUUUAAAAAAAGAGGAAGUAAAACCAACAGAUUUGUUAAAAAAAGACGAAUCAAAACCUAAAGAACCUUUAAAACGAGAUGAAGAACAAAAGGAAGGUUUAAACCAAUUAGAUAAAAUAAAAAUUAAUAGUGUUGAAGAUAAAUUCAAAAUACAAAUUCCUCAUAUAAAGUCAAAAUUUAUUGAAAGUACAAUAAAAGAUAUUUUGAAAGCAGAAUAUGAAGAUGCAGAUGAAGAUUUAACAAGAAAAUAUAGAAUGAUAGAACUUAUGAAUUUAUAUUUUGAUGAAAUGGAUAAGUUUCAUCAAAGUGAUAUAUAUACAGUUAUUGAUAAAUAUAGUAAACAAAAAGAAUAUAGUUCUAUUAUGAAACCUAUGUUUAAGGAUUUUAUGGAAACACACCGUAUAAGUUCUAUAUUAAGUAAAACUAUGUUGGUACCAUUUGGAUUAAUUGUCGUCCUUAUUAUAACUAUUGGAAUAGUGGCUAGUACCAUUGUAACUGCGGCAUCUGGAAUUGGUACAGCUAUCUAUCUAAUAGCUGGAGCAUGUGCAUUUAUUUCAUUGGCAUUUCCAGGUUUAUUAUUUGUAAGGGAUAAAAGGAUCAAUGCAUUUAAAAACAAAUAUUUUAAAAUUAAAGGUAUAAAAUAUAUAACGAAGGCUGUUAGGAAUACAAAUAAAUCUCAAAAUAAGGGAGGGAAAAAAAGGAAUAUAAAAAAUAGCACUGUGUUUAAAUCAAUUCAACAAACAGUGAAAGAGAAAAUCGAUACAGUAAAUGUAGUAGGAAAAGUACCUCAAAAAAAUAUUACAAGUAAAACACCACAGAAAAAUACACAAAAUGUACAAAAUAAACAUCAACAAAAUGCACAAAACAAAACAUAUCAAUCAAAUGCACAAAACAAAACAUAUCAACCAAAUGCGCAAAAUAAACUACCUCAACAAAAUGCGCAAAAUAAAUCACCUCAACAAAAUGCGCAAAAUAAAUCACCUCAACAAAAUGCACAAAAUAAAGCACCGCAACAAAAUUCGCAAAACAAACCUCAACAAAAUAUACAAAAUAAACCAUCUCAGCAAAAUAUACAAAAUAAACCAUCUCAGAAAAAUAUACAAAAUAAAAACCCAGUACAAAAUACAGUAAAUAAAUCGCCAGUAAAAAAUAUUUAUUCAAAAUAUAGUGGAAAAGAUCUUAACCAAAUGAAUAGACCUAAUCCAAAUAGACAUGUAGUACAACCAUUAAGAUGA